CGCCGCCGCUGCUGCCGGGAGCCGCGUUACCGGCGCCUGGAGUGGGCCGGGACACGGUGCCCAGCCGGUGGCGGGUGUCUGAGGUCGGUCAUGGCCGCAGCGCCGCCGCCCUCCGCUGCGGGCGGCCCGGAGCCUCCCCCGGGGCCGCCGCUGCAGUACAGCAUGCUGCUGCAGCACCUGGUGGGCGAGCAGCGGCGGCCCCGCGCCUGGGACCCCGCCACGUUCGGCGGAAUCCCCAGCCCGCCCAAGAGCGAGGAGCAGAAGAUGGUGGAGCGCGCCAUGGAGAGCUGCGCCUUCAAGGCGGCGCUGGCCUGUGUGGGAGGGUUUGUUCUGGGAGGCGCCUUUGGUGUCUUCACAGCCGGCAUCGACACCAAUGUUGGGUUUGAUCCCAAGGAUCCAUAUCGCACGCCAACAGCAAAAGAGGUCCUCAAAGAUAUGGGGCAGCGGGGCAUAUCCUAUGCAAAGAACUUCGCCAUUGUGGGUGCCAUGUUCUCCUGCACUGAAUGUAUCGUUGAAUCUUAUCGUGGCAAGUCAGACUGGAAGAACAGUGUUAUCAGUGGCUGCAUCACCGGAGGAGCAAUCGGCUUCAGAGCUGGUUUGAAGGCGGGAGUUAUCGGCUGUGGUGGAUUUGCUGCUUUCUCUGCUGCGAUUGAUUACUAUCUACGGUAACAGUGGGAUCUCUUGGGAGGAAGUUUCCGCUUUUGUUCCAGUGCUGCUGCUAAGAGCCUGCCUCACAGCACAAGAACCAUCAGGCUUACCUUUCCACUGCCUUCAGAGUCCUGAUCAGUGCAAGCUGGAUGGUGCUGGCCACUUUUCCUGAAUGACUAACAAUAAUCUGGCUCUGAGCCCUGGCAUACUGCUUCAGGCAGACUUGCAGGAGUAUGUGAGGAUGGAGCCAGGCACAGCGAGCAGUAUCUCCAGGAUGGAUCAGCUGACUGUCAGUUUCCAGGAAACAAGCCUGGACUCUGAGCUUUUUCAGUCCUUUGGGUCUGAUUUUGAUGAAGUUUGCUGCUAGCAUCAAAAGACGCAGGAGGACAAGCAUCAAAAAGAAUUGCAGUGAUUUAGCUUACUGUGUAUUUGAAUGUGCUGCAAGUGUUGAACGAUUAUCAGUUUGCAGCUUGCUACUCUGUUGGGGAGAGGUAAGAUCCUGUGGAGAUAUAAGUUGUUUCAGGCUUUUCUUAAAAUACCAGCUGAAGACAAACCACCAUCUGUACAACUUGCCUUAUUUCAUGUAUAGAGAUGAGAGCCAGAUUUCUUUACCAUGUCUUAAAGGGAAAAGCAAUAUCCUUAGCCUUAGAACCGUGUGGUUACUGGCAGAUGAACAAAACAGUUUAAGGGG